GCCGAGUUCAGUUGCUAAGCGCAGCAGCCCGAAAAGCGGCCAAGCGCGACAGGCAGCCCCUGCUUUAAAUUUGCCUGCCGGGCGCUGCCCCCGUGGCCACACCUCGCGAGGCCCGCGGCGCGCCUGAGCACCGGUUUCGGUUGGCUUCCUAGGUACCAGUGCGCACGAGUCAGGACGCGGCACCGCGCGGACGAGCCGACCCAUGGACGACAAAGACCAGUGGGUCGGCGUAGCGCCAUGCGUAAGGGCCGGCAUCCGGUCUCUGUUAAGACGCUUCGAGGACCAGCAGGCUGCGCUCGACGAGGCGGCCAAAUCCCAAGCCGCGCUCCUCAACGCGCAUGCGAGAUCGGAGGCCCGCUGCGAGGCCCUCGAGGCGCAGAUCGUGGCCGCGCGACGAGAAGCCACCGAAGCUAGGAGGAUCGCCGCCGAGAGCUCUAUGAAUGUGGCCUCACUCGCGGCGGACCUGGCCAAGCGGCCCGUGCGAGACGAGGUGGAAGCGCGAGCAUCAGAAGCCUUCGCGGCGGCCACAAAGGACGCACACGCGGCCAUAGCGGCGGCCGAGGAUCGCUUCGCCCAGAGAAGCGACGACGACGCGCGCAAGCUGGUCGCCCUCGUCACGAGCCGCGACCGCGCGACGCGUGAGGAGACGCGCCAGGCCAUCUCGAAAGCUCAGGAAACGGCCCGGAGCCGCGGGGCGACCGCCGCGGCAGAGCUCCGGAAGAGCCUCGACGGAAGGUUCAAGGCCGAGGCCUUGGCGCGAGAAGAAGAAAAAAGGCGGCUCGAGCGGCGCUGCGAUGUCCUAUCGCGUGAGGCCGACGCGCUCCACAAGGCCUACGAAUUGUUGAGGGACGAAGUCCGCCAGAACGUGCGCGAGGGGUGUGAAUUCGCCGUCGCCUCGGCGAACGACGCUCUAGAUGAGGCCAAGACCGAGCUGUCGCGACUGGCGAACGACGGCGCGCCGAGCGACGCGACCAGUGUGGGCGCCGGCCUCGCUCGAAAUAUUGCCACAUUGGUGGACGCGCGUGCUGCGGUGGUCUCCGACGCAAAGGUCGCGCGCGUGGCCUCGACAUUGCGGGCUGAGGCGGCGGAGACGUCGCAACGCAUCUCCGAAUCGGCAGGUGAGGAACGCACGAAGCGGGACGACGCACACAACGCGUUGAGCGACGAAGUGCGGAGGGUAGAGGAACGGUGUAGCGCCGCGGUCGAUGCGGCGAGAAGUGACGCGUCGAAAUCCCUGGACGCGGCGACGGAAAAGUAUCAGAGCGACGCCGAGCAGCGCACCGCCGCCGCUACCAAGGCGACGACGCACGCGGUACGUAAAUGCGCCGCCGAGGCUAAGGCCACGGCCGACGACGCACGCGAGGCGACAGAGCGCGUCGUCCUCGCGGCGGUAGCAGAGGCAAGACGGGCCGCAGAGCGCGACGCCGAGCGGUUGAGCCGCGAGCUGCGCUCCGUCGACGCGCGGGGGGCCGCAGCGGCCGCCGCCGCGGUCGACGGCUGUAGACAGGUCGCCGGCGAGAGCGCCACGCACGCCGUCGAGGCGGCCCGGAGCGCCACCGUCGACGACGCGCGCCGGGAAGCCAAGGCCGCCGCGUCACUCGCGGCGGACCGCCUCUUCACGGAGCAGCGCGCGUCGAUCCUCGCAGACGCGUCCAAGGCCGCGGCGCAGCUCGCCGCGAGCGCGGCCCUCGAGGCGCGCCGCGCGACCAUCGACGAGGCGCGCGCGGCCGCGGACCGGGCCACCUCAGCUUUACGGGAGAAGACGGCCACCGAGCUCGAGGCCCUCGAAGCGACCUGCGCGGCGAAGCGGGAAGCCCUGGAGGCGCGCGUGACCUCGAGAUAUAACGCCGACGCCGACCGUUGUAUCGAGGCGGCUCGCAGCGCCGAAAGGAAGGUCGACGACCUUGCGAGCGACGUGAACAAGAAGCUCGGUUUGAGGCACGAUGAAGUGAAGAGGAGUGUGGAACAGGGCAUCGACGGCGUGCGCAAGGCACUCGUCGCGACGGUCGAGAAGCUCGACGGCCAGCAGAAAUCUACCAUAAAGAACAUUAAUGAUGCAUUAGCGGCGCGCGACCAGGCCAUCACCUCCCUCGGAGAUUCAAUACAAACAGUCAAGGACGAGACGCACAAGGCCAUCGCGGCGAACAACAAGGUCGUCGAGUCCAACAACGCGACCAUCGCCCGGGCCAUGUCCGACGUCGUGUCCACUAUGGAGAAGCAGGUCAAGGACUCUACGGCCGGUCUCCGGGACGAGAUCGGCGCCGCCGCCGCAACCACCGACGCGAAGCGCAAGGAGUAUGACGAAUCCAUCACGCAGCUCACGAGCGCCGUGAAGGCCGUCGCGGACCGGUCCCAGGCGGCCAAGGACGGCGCGAAGAAGGCGCUCGCGGAGAGUUCCAAGUUCGCGGGCGUCUGGCCGCGCCUCGACGCCGCGGAGCGCGAGUGCGCCAAGACGCACGCGUUGGCUAUGUCCGCGGUGGGCCAGGCCAACUCCGCGGCCGGCGACGCUAGGGCGGCCGCCGGCGACGCACGUGCCGCGGCGGCCGAGGCCGUCGACUCCUUCGUGAAAGCCAGUGCCGCAGAAGCGUCGCAACAGAGACCUGAUGAACGCUUAGCGACGCUCGGCAAGGCCGUCACGGGACUGGCGAAGCAGGCCAAGCGAUUGGCCGAGGACGCGCGCGCGGCCGACAAGGACCGAGCGGCGACGCAUGCUCUAGCGGUGGCUGCCCAAGGCGACGCAAAGGCUGCGGCCUCCGAGGCAAGAGCGGCGGCGGCCGAGUCGAGGGCGGCGGCCGGAAACGCCGUGGAUGCAUUCUCGAGCGCCGCGGUGGCGGACGCGAUGCGCCCCUCGACGGCGGCGCUCGAGGGCGUCAAUCAAUUGCAGCGCGCCGUCGACGCGCUCUCGGACGAAGUCGCCACCCUGAAGCGAUUGGAUGGCGGCCCGCUGUCGCCGGGCUCGCGGUCCGACGUCGAGAGUCUGAAGCACGACGUCGCGGCCGCGUCGGCCAUGACGCAGCAGGCGAUGAGCGUGUUAGAGUCCACGGCGGACGACCUGCGAGAUCGCGUCGCGAAGGUCGUCUCUGGGACUGCGGUGACGGACAGUCGCCUGGCGCGCUGCGAGUCUUCCGUGUCGUCGUUGUCAAGAUCCUACGCGCGGAUCGCGUCGGUGAUCGACCGGUUGCGACGAGAAACGCCGGACGCUAGGCACGCAGCGGCGCGGAACAUGGGGUCGCCGUCCCGCGGAGCCGAUGCGCGCGUCGAGGAGCUCCUGGCGGAGCGGGCCUUGACGAUCGGGGCGAUCGAGGAUCUCGCUCGCGCGUUGGAUAGGCCAGCCGCCGAGAUGGAUCCGCUCUCUGUAACAUAAGACACAAACACUAA